AGCCAUUGUUGGUUCUGCACAAACCCACACGAUGCAGAAAGUUAUCAGGAGGACCGCGCUGGCAAGGAACCAGGCCAAGCGUAAGGCCAUCCGAGCGGAAAAGAAGGAGCAGCGUGAAGAAUGGUUGACGGUAUCGAGACAGCGGGCUUCCUUCGACCGAAUACAACAUGACAUCGUUCGUGCUGAGAGAGAACGACGCCGUGAAGAUUGGAUGCGAGGACCAUUGGCCCCACGACGAGAUGUUGGUACUGAAGCAAAGCAGUACGGUGCUUUGCCCGCGACCGUCCUCUCUCAGCCUCCAAUCCCAAAGCACCUUCGGCGGAGAUACUUCAACAUACAUCCGGGUGAUAGAGUCUGCGUUAUGAAGGGCAAGGACAAAGGCAAGAUCGAUGAGGUUGUUCGGGUUAAUAUGGAGACCGAAACAGUCACUCUCAAAACUCUCAAUCGGGCCAAUAUCUACUUUCCCGAUUUUUACAUGAAGGCGUACAAGGCCCCAGGAAACAUUCAAAUAUUGCCUUUACCGAUUCCGGUUGAUGACGUUCGGCUUGUGGUUCCUCUUGACGAUCCAGAUACCGGGAGCUCUAGGGACGUCAUAGUUGAACACGUCUACGGCGGAGAGCCGAUCAUGGAACGGGAAUGGGGAACGUCGACUCCAAAGCAUACCCGGUAUAUUUCAGGGCUAGACAUCGAAAUCCCCUGGCCCCGCUCGCAGACUCUUAAACAGGACGAUCAAGUGUGGGAUACCUUGCGCAUGGAAGUUGAGACGCCAACCUGGCAACCAUCGCUGCUGGAAGCACCCUUUCCCCCGAGUGUCAUGGACGAAGUGCGGAAUAAGUACUCGAAAUACCGAACAAGACAUGACCCAGAAUGGGUUGAGGCGAAGACAUUAGAAGAUCUCAGACAGGAAUACCUCCAAAGCAGGACUCUGCUAACCCCGAGAGGGGAAUUCUCUAUGAUGAUGCGAGCUAAGAAGGAGGAGGAAAGAAAGUCUAGCCGCGAUGCUGAUGGGAACCUGAUAAUGUCGCCUCGGACGGUCGGGUUUAUUGAGCGUUUCAUGAAGCAAAAUGUCAAGGAGGAAAGCUAGACCUCAUGCUUGGAAUUUCACGGUGCGAGGCAUCAAAUUGAAUUAUCGCGGAACAGCGUGUAAUGUAUUGUAGAAUAGGACCUAGGGCCAGUAUGGAAUAUCUGCUGCUUGUGUUUUAACUGCGUUUUGACAACCG